GAACCAAUUAGUAUUAUGUGGUGACAAGUGUUACGAUCUUGGAUAUAAAUAUUAAGACAAAGACUUCGUCAUUUUACAAAGACUGAAAAAGCGUGCCCAAUCUGCAGCCGAAAAACUGUAAAGUCGCUGCUUUUACACACGUUAAGACCAGGCAAUUAGUACUUAAACGCAUUUGCUAGUAUUUAAGCAGAAUAAAAUAAUAAAUGUCAGGGCUAAUUCAUCCUGCCGUCAGCAACAAAUAGCUUUUUUUAAACAGUUGAAUGUUACAAGAUUCUAUGCUUAUUUUAAACAUUGAGAUGGAAAAUCGUGCGGUGAAGAUAAACAACCAAGAAGAAGAACGGCUUUACCUCAAAAUGAACGCAUAUGAGACACAGAAGAAAUAUUUCGAAAAGGAAAUGCAAUCCCAACAACGCACACUCAUGUCCAAGUUGACACAGAAAUUAAAAUUUACCCAACUACAGCAAAGAAAAUCUGCUUAUAAAGUCCCAACAAGCGAAAUUGAUGAGCCAAUUCGAAUGGAGGCAACGCAAAGAAGGCGAUCUGAAAUUAUUGUAAAACCUCCAAUUUUCAUGAAAGCAAGGAGGCAUUCUGAAACACUUGGUAGCAACACGACCUCCUCGUUGCUGAACAAGCGAAAUUAUCUAAAGCCUCUUUUAACCAAGAGUUUACAGACCGAAAGAAUUGAAGCUUUUUCAAAUGUAUUGAAUUGCUUUCCAGAAAGUUCAGUAAUGUCUGCAGACAAUUCACCAGCGUCAGUACAGAGAUCGUUAUGCCCAAAAAAUGUCGUCCUGUCAGCUGGAAACUCACCAUUAAUGCCGAGAACAGACAGUUUAGCUCAACAAGAGUCACAUUCUGCACUAUGUCUAAAUGUAAAGUCACCUUCAAAAGAAAACAACCGAGCAAGGCUACACAGAGAGUGGUUCAGUUCAAACGACAACUUGAUUAUGGAGCAACGAAAGCGUGAUGUAUGUUAUGGUAAAAGGGAUAGUUUUGUGUUACCUGCUAUUGCAAUACAGGAAUACACUGGUCAAGUGUCACUAAUUAGCAAGAAAACAAAUCGAAGAGAAAGUGCUAUCAUUGAAGAGUUUGAUGACAAAGAAAUAGAAGAUAAGGAAUGAAAAAUUGAAGAUAAAACACACAAGAGCGACAGGGAGAGUGUAAAUUGAACUAAGAUAUUAAACUCUAGAAGAACAAUUAUUACGUAAUGAAGAUGAAAUUGUUUGGCGAAAUAAUUGAAAGUUUUCUGUUGAACAUCUAAAACCUACAAGCGCAUGAAAAAAAAAUUCAAGUACUGCUUAAAAAUUCUUGCAAGCAAUCUUACCUAUUGUAAAUUCCAAACCACAAGCCACCUUUAUGAUAUUUUGAUCAGACAGAGCUUCGACUUUUAAGGGAACCGAUUGUUUUCUAUCUUUUAUUGUAUAUCCUAGACGAGGUCCAGCUCUUCCGAAGGUAAAUAACUCUCCAGUUGCUAUGAAGUGAAUUUAAAGCGAUUAACAAGGAUUUAAAUACUAGAAUUGUAGAUUGUUGUAGUUAAAAAAAUGUUUUAAUUUGUAUUGUCCUAUUUUUAACAAAAAACACUAUAUGGAACAUGUAUACCUGAGCUCUCUAGGGACUUCGAAAGUGUUAAGAUAUCCAUUAUAUAUGUUUUCCUAACAAUGCUAACUCAAACUCAAAAUGUACACCUAUAUGUCUUAAAAGCCCUUAAAAGCGUUUAUUUGAA